CAGAAAAGGACAAACACUUCAGGUAGGGAUAUCGAUCUCCACCAGCCGUUGACAGUUAGCAGGUUACUGUUAGAUAGAACUGAACAGUUAUCAUAACGGGAAGCCCACGCCAACACUGGAUAAUACGUGCAGCGCUUAACCGACGGCACUGUUUUCAGACGACAAACGCAUGUCUAGACGAAAGUUGAGAGCUAGGACUGAUCUUCAAUUGUGUCGCCCCGAGGUAAAGAAAGAUCACGGAAACCAUGAAAGCCAUCAAGAACGAUAUGGUUGUAUGGCUCUGAAUUAUAAUAACACCAGGCGUAAUUGAAGAUGUGUGUGCAAAUGACGCCAUAACGAACAAAUUGAUAUUUUAUGCAAUAGUUGGACGUCUGCAUCAUGUGGGAUACUUCCUAAGGCGAGAAGUAAAUGUCUUGAGAGACGUGCCUGUCACCAUGGUGACAUGCUGAAUUUGGAUUCAAAUGUGAAUGUCAAAGGGGAAAUUCAGUAUGUUAAAACUCUUACGACAAUGAAACUAUGGAAACGAGAUGAAAAAAACGAUGAAAACAUAAGUGGGAUUGUUCUGUGUUGUGUGUGGAUGUACGGUCUGUAACAAAACAACAUCUGAAUGUGACAUCCGGUUCCAGUCCAAUCGACGACAAUGAGCAGACGACUCAACGGCGCCAUUUUGCAUCUCUUCAUUCUCACAUUGUCCCCGUUCUGUGAAGGGGUGGUUCAACUUCGUGGGGCGGGCGCUAGUUUUCCUGAACAGGUGUACAAGAGCUGGACACAAUCGUACAAAGUCUUCCGGCAGCAGCAAUCCAGAGACAUCAACGCCACCUACCUGUCGAUCGGAAGUGGAAGCGGGCGUAGACGUAUCAUAAAAAACGAUGGGACUUUAGAAUUCGCCGGGUCGGACUCAAUUAUGUCGGAAACAGAAAGGAAACAGGCUCCCGAUCUGGUGAUGUUCCCGACGCUCGCAGGGGGAACAGUAGUGGGCUACAAUCUACCCGAGUGUACGUCAACUCUAAACCUCACUCGCGAACACUUAGUUGGCAUCUUCAACGGGACAUUCAGCUCUUGGAAUGACUCGAGUAUUGCUGAAAAGAAUCCUUUUUGUAAUUUGCCCAGUGAAAAGAUCCGAGUGGUGGUGAGGGCAGAUAAAUCAGGAACAACAAGUAUGUUCACCGCAGCUUUAAGCGGAUUCAGCAAGGAAUGGAAUAACACCUUUGGGGUCUUUGACCUAGGAUUCAAUAAAGAGACAAACCAACCCGACAAAUGGAACAACAGCGUCAUCACGACCUUUGGGGAGAAAAGCGUUGGAGUAUCCGGGCUGCUCCUGUCGAUAAAGCACACCAUAGGCUACGUCUCUGUCGCUGGAGCUAGUGAGCAUGGCAUUACGUAUGCUACGUUACAGAAUAAGAAAGGCCAUUAUGUGAGAUCAACCACCACAGCAAUACAGGGGGCCAUGGAUAGAUGGUCACAGAAUGCUGGGGAUGAUCUAACCGGAACACUAUCUGACCAGGACCACGAGGAUGCCUAUCCUAUAGCAGGUUUCACGUAUAUGAUUGUGUUUGCAACGGAAAUGAGUGAUUGUGAUUCGGCCAAAGAGUUGGUGCGUUAUGUAAACUGGUUUAUGCACGAUCAGAAAGCUAAGGAUGCAUGUACAUCAGUGCACCUUGUGCCUUUGUCGCAAGUUCUCGUUGAAAAGAAUGUGGCCAGAAUCUUGAAGAUAAUAACAUGCAAAGGACAGUCGGUGUGGGAUAUGGUUCAAGCAGACAUAGCGGAGGAGAAUCGUGUUGAACAAACCUGGAUUGUACCUGUUGCUGUAUCAGUGCCUCUUGUGCUCUUGCUGGUCUCAGUACUCCUGGGCUACAUAGCAUUCCAGAGAUGGAAACUGAACAAAAUGAUAGAAAAUGAUGAGUGGGAUAUCCCAAUUGAGGACAUAAUCUUCUAUCUGGAUGAUAAGGUUCUGUCCGGAGGCAGGUCCAAAUUGGGAACUAUGAAGUCGAUAAAGUCCUUACAAAACAUUGAGGAUAUUCCUGAAGGAUCCGAGCUUCUUGACCAAAUCCUACAGUGGCCGGGAAAAUGGAAAGGACAUGUUAUCGGCAUCCGACUCUUGGAGAUAAAAGAAAUGGCAAACAUCAAUAGAGAGAUGAAGAGACUUCUGUUGUGGAUUAGAGAUUCAAUAGUCCAUUCAAAUGUGGUGAGGUUCUUUGGUCUCACCAACUUAGAUGAUGAAAAAUAUGUCAUUGGUGAAUAUUGUGGAAAAGGACCAAUGACUGAUAUUCUCCAGGAUGAAAAGUACAACCUCACGAAUGACUUUAAGUUUUCCUUAUCUUCGGACAUCGCUAGUGGUAUGAAUUUCCUCCACAAUCAUGGCAUAAUACACGGCAGCCUCAACUCUUCAUGCUGUCUCAUUGACUCGAGGUGGACGGUUAAAGUUGGGGACUGGGAGUAUUGUAAAUUGUUUAAGCAGUUAUACAAGAAAAAGAACCCUCUUCACUAUAUUCGCAAGGAUCCACACUACCUUAGUAAAUAUGCUGCUGCGUUCCGAGACUUCUGGGUUGCUCCGGAGAUUCUUAGAACCGACUUUGAGCUGUCUCCAUCUACACAGACGGAUGUGUACAGUUUCUCGAUAAUUAUACAAGAGAUUUUUACGCGUGAGGAUCCUUAUUCAGAACAUGCUGAUGCUCUGAGUCCUGAUGAAGUCCUGAAGGCGGUGGUUAACAAUAAUCUCCGCCCUCAACCCAAUGAUGACACACCUUUGAACGUGAGGCAGAUUAUGGAGAUUGCUUGGUCGGAUAAUGCUGCCACUAGGCCAACAUUUGAACAGAUAUUGAAGAUGCUGAGACAGUCACGAUCCAGCCGAAAGUCCGUCCUCGAUUCCAUGAUGGAAGCUAUGGAGGAGUAUACGGCCCAUCUGGAGGAACGGGUUGAGGAGAGGACUUCUGAGCUUACCGUUGCCAAACGGAACAUGGAAACAAUGAUGAAUGAUAUCAUCCCAAAUCAUUUGGUAAAGAGGAUCACUAAUGGGCAAUCGGUUGAGACGAAAGUGUAUUUGUCCUUAGGGAUAAUCAUGGCAGAUAUUAUUAACAUUAAAUAUGUCACUGAGAAUGCAUCUGCUAAAGAUAUUGUUCAAUACUUGAAUGACAUACAUUCUGAAAUUGAAACAGCUUUGCAAAAGAAGGACACGUACCGUACGAACCUUCAGGGCGAUUCAUUUGCGGUUGUUGUCGGAUUACAGGAAGCUAAGUCUACUACGGAGAAGUGUGUUGAGACUGUAGCGAACAUUGCUCUGGACAUUAUCUCCCAUGCUAAUAAAGCAACCUGCCCUUCUUCCAUAUCUAAACCAUUUGAGUUCCGCCUUGGGGCACACAUUGGCAGUGUUGCUACUGGCAUUGUCGGUCAAGCUGCGCCCAAGUUUGUCAUCAUGGGAGAACCCAUUGACGUCACGAAGAGUCUUCUUUCACAGUCGACUUCCUCCAAUGUUCGAAUCUCCACAAUCAUGUACAAGCAUAUCUGUAAAAAAACGUACUUCUUUGUGGAGCCAGCGGAGCCAAUUGAACACAAGGGAAUCAAGAUGGACUCCUACUGGUUGAAGGGACGAGACUGCCUCGUAGACAUUCCAUCUGAUAUAUCAGUGGAUUCUGGUGUAGAUACCGAGAAAUCUCGGUGUGAGUCACGUGCCUCGAAAUCAUCGGACAAGUCACGUGGUUCUAUUAAGUCAAAUAACGGUUCGGCCAGUGGCACUGAAGAUGACAAGGGGGCAAAUAUACACAUCAUUCCUUCUGAAAGCAUUUCAUCUUGGGGGUUGAACCCACUGGUGACUGUGAAACCUCCUAAAGGUAAACAAUCCAAAAACAAAAUCCAUCCUAUAGAACAAGUAUAGUACCUUGUUGUUUGAAGGAAGGUACUACCUUGAUUUGUCCAAGAGAUUCGGAUCUGGCAUCUCGCAAGCAGCAAAGAGGACAUUCCAAGAAAAUGGACAAGCAACAUAUAACAAAUGGAUUGUGUUCACAUAAUCUUUAUGUUAUUGUAAGAUAGUUAAUCCUUCUCACUGUACCACCCCCCUCCCCCUACCAUGUAUCCCAGCCAGGCGUCAUCCAAUCUGUUGCAUCGUGGCCAGACUUCAUCCAAUCUGAUGCAUCCUGGCCAUACCUCAUCCAGGUCGAUUUAUCCUGGUCUUCAUCAAGUUUGAUGUAUCGUGGCCAGACUUAAUCAACUCUGAUGUAUCAUGGCCAGACUUAAUCAACUCUGAUGUAUCAUGGCCGAUCCUCAUCCAGUUUGAUGUAUCAUGGCCGGUCCUCAUCCAGUUUGAUGUAUUGUGGCCAGACUUAAUCAACUCUGAUGUAUCAUGGCCGGUCCUCGUCCAGUUUGAUGUAUCAUGGCCGGUCCUCAUCCAGUUUGAUGUAUCAUGGCCGGUCCUCAUCCAGUUUGAUGUAUCAUGGCCGGUCCUCAUCCAGUUUGAUGUAUCGUGGCCAGACUUAAUCAACUCUGAUGUAUCGUGGCCAGACUUAAUCAACUCUGAUGUAUCAUGGCCAGUCCUCAUCCAGUUUGAUGUAUCAUGGCCGGUCCUCAUCCAGUUUGAUGUAUCAUGGCCGGUCCUCAUCCAGUUUGAUGUAUCGUGGCCAGACUUAAUCAACUCUGAUGUAUCAUGGCCGGUGCUCAUCCAGUCUCAUUUAUCCCGGUGUUUUGGAAUAUUUGAAAUAACACACUUAUCGCUCACUAAGAAUGUCCAAGUCUAGUCAAUCACAAUUCUGCACCUCUUAUUAUAUAUAGCUUCCAUGGAGCUUAUGUGUCUUCACAUAUGAUCAGUAUACCAAUAUCAUACCAAGAUAUUUUUUUCAAUUUUGAUUCUUCUUAUACAUGUAUGACUGAAAUGCUUGUUCGUGACCUUUGAGAGUUAUGUGUUUUUCAUAUACUACUCAAAAUAAUUUAAGAACCACCCGAUUCUUUCAUAUUACUAUAGUUAAUCUGUGAUCUCAGUUUAACUAUAGUAAUCUGAAAGAAUUGGUUGGUAGGGCACGACAGUAUAACUAUAGUAAUAUGAAAGAAUCGAGUGGCCCUUUACUUCUUUUGAGUAGUAUACAUACCUGCAGGUAUUGUUCAGUUACUUGAAGAAACUUAAAUGGUCAUCCCAUGGCUUUGUAAGUCAUGAUUGUGAGUGAGUGAGUGAGUUGGGUUUUUAAGCCGAUUUUUACCAAUAUUUCAGCAAUAUCGCGGCAGUAAACACUGGACAUUGGCUUAACAGAGAACGCCCAUGAGGGUAAUCAAACUUGGGCCUUCGGUGCGACAACCGAACGUUUUAAACACUAGGCUCACCAAACGCCUCUUGAAAGUCAUGGUUACACAUUUGCUUUGUUAAACAAUACAAUAAACAGAUGCUGAAAAUCGUGUCUUAAACUUUUGUCUUGAUAUAACGUAAGUACAAAUUAUCGGUAAACGUGAGAAAUCAGAGGGGUAGUUUUGGAUUCGAUUGCGUGCCUAAUGUGACCACAGUAGUUAACAUUCAUGGUUGUAUCUACGCUCAGAUGUGGGACCGCCUCCGUGGUCUAGUGGUAGAGCGUCCGCCCGGAGAGCGGAAGGUCCGGGGUUCGAUCCCCGACCGCGUCAUACCAAAAGACG